CAAUCACUAUCCCAUUCUUAGCUUUGAUGCCCACGGCCGGAGCACCAGCCGCUACCGCCUGCAAGGCAUACUCGAUCUGAACCAACUUCCCAGACGGGCUGCAGAGAAUAAUCUUACGUUCUAAUUAAAGCGCAACACGAACGCGCAGACGGGGAGCGCGCGUUCGCAGCUAGUGAAAACACCUCGAAAGGAGGCUGGCGUACCUGAAAGUCGUUAGACUGAAGGAGUACCGCUCAGUCAUCGCCUACUACUGGCUCGAUCUUCUUUCAGGUUCUGGGGUCUACACGCGGCGAAAUUCUGUGGGGCGUGGCUAAAGUCUAGAGUAUAUAGACGACGUACGUGAAGGUGUGUGCGUCUAGCUUCUGACGUCACGAACCAUCACAACAACACGUGACGACGAAGAUGGCGAAUUUGCUAGCAGCCGCAGCGAUGCUGUCUCCUCUUCGAGUUUCUAGCGCAGUUUGUGCGGUGAUUUGCCUGAUCUUCUACACCGCAGGAGCUGGAGCAAAUGUAGCGCACGUUGGCUGGAAGGCAUGCAACGAAGGGAACCUCAUAACCAACGUUUCCAUCAGCAACAACACUGUGACGCUGACUGUGCCUGGAUACAACUUCACCAACGUUUCCUUGCCAGCGGAGAAUGGUCCAGGUAGCUACUGGACAGUUCAAGUCGACUGUAUCGUCAGUGUCAGUGUUGAAGGAGCCUAUGUCUUCCUAAACAGCUCCUCUCCAGGAAUGUACUACAGUCUAUUCUUCUAUGGAGAUUGCGGGCAGAACAAGUCACUCAAGCUCUUCACACAAUCCCUGACUCCGCCCACUCCGAGACUCGGCAUCGAUGAAGCCCUAUUAGUGGUAAACAACAGUUUGUCAUUUCCCGUCGUCAUUAGGCAGAAAUCUGACAACUGCUAUAAGUGUAUGCCAUUCUGUCUGGGAGAAGUCGUUCCAGGUCAGAAUUGGAACGUGAUUCUGGACACCACUUUUGCCUGGACCAUAUAUGUGGAGUACAACACCAGCGAUGGGAACCGCACUAUCUACUGCAAGAAGCACCAUUAUUUCAGCGAGCACAGUCAGUACAUCCUCAACCUGGACUCGGACACCAGGAACUGCAGUCUCGAACAUCAGAACAUGGUGUCAUCCUAUACCACCUAUCUUCCCAUACUCUAUGCAGCGGUGGGAAUCCUGGGACUGGCCCUGGUGUGGGGAGCGGCCAAGAUCCUGUGGCUGGUCCUGAGAGACAGAGGUUGUUUCCACUAUCUCCACUUCAAGAGUGUGGACAGAGUCACUGCCAGGGAUCUGGGUUACCCAAGAAAGGUCAACUCAGAAUAUGGAGCAGUGAAUCCUCAGGAAACAGAGCCUCUCAACAGAACCAAUGAUUCCAGUGUCAACGGACUAAUGGGUGCCCCUGCUGAUCAGUCGGUCAAAUCCGGUUCAGGAGGGGGAGAGGCGACCGGCAAGACACCUGGUCGGAGGAGGCUGGCAUCUUUGGACACGUUCAGAGGGUUUUCCCUGAUGAUAAUGAUAUUUGUCAACUAUGGGGGAGGUGGCUACUGGUUCUUUGACCACAGUCGCUGGAACGGUCUCACGGUGGCUGAUUUGGUCUUCCCGUGGUUCAUUUGGAUCAUGGGCGUCUCCAUCGUCUUCUCGUACAAGAGCCGCACAAAGCACACCAUUCUGUCCAGACUCUAUCAGUUGGUGCGACGCAGCGUCAUUCUCUUUGGUCUAGGUCUCUUCCUUAACAACGGGUUCACUCUAGGUAGAUGGAGGAUCCCCGGUGUCCUCCAGCGGUUUGCCAUAUCCUACUUCGUCGUGGCUCUCACUGAGCUCCUCACCUCAGAGAUACGCAACUCUCUCUGCAGUCUGACUCCAAAAGGAAGAAUUCUCGGAAUAUUUCGUGACAUCACGUCCAACGUCUUUCAGUGGACUGUAGUGUUUGUACUGGAGCUCCUGUGGCUUGUUCUGACCUUCCUUCUCCCCCUCCCUCAACCCUGCCCCAGGAAAUGCUCUGGGUUCAUUGGUGGUCCAUUUCUUGGAAAUCUGCAUGCCAUAUCCGGUGUAGAACACACAGGAAGGGAUACCUGGGCCCGGGAGGACUGGCGGACCAUGGGAGAUACUCCAACUGUACCGGUGGAGCUGCUGGAGUGAUUGAUCGCUGGCUGUUCACUGACAAUCAUAUCUAUCAAACACCUACUGCCAAGGAGACGUACCACCUGCUGAGACCGUACGACCCUGAAGGGGUCCUGGGUUCACUCAACUCCAUCGUACUCUGUUUCCUGGGAGUUCAGGCUGGCCGAAUCCUAGUUUUGUACAAGAAAGAUUACAACAUCCUCAUCAGAUUCUUGCUCUGGGGACUACUGCUGGGAGGAUUGGGAGUUGUGUUGUGUGAAGGUCAGAAGAACGAAGGAAUGAUUCCUCUUAACAAGAACCUCUGGUCUCUCUCAUUCAUACUGGUCAUGGGAGGCAGCGCCUUUGUCCUUCUGGCUGCGUUGUAUUUCAUCAUCGACGUCAUUCUCUGGUGGAACGGAGCUCCCUUCAAGUAUCCUGGAAUGAACUCCAUACUGGUGUACGUUGGCAGCGAGAUUCUGCAGGGUUACUUCCCCUUCAGUUGGCAGCAGCAAUCCAACUCCCACCUAGACCUGCUCUUUGCCAACCUCAUCGCCGUGGGUCUGUGGAUCCUCAUCGCAUACUACUGGUUUAGGAUUGACUUUUUCGUCAAAAUAUAGCCACUCACUGUUUGUAUAUAUUGUGCAUUACUCUCUAUUAUGUCACAUUUUCACAUUUUCACAUUUCUGUGCAAUUAUUAUGGAAGUGGAUUUUAAACCUAGGGAAUCUCAGUAGAAGAGCAGAGAGAGGGGGAGAGAAAGAUAAUAAGAAAGGUUUUUAGAGUUCUCCACAGUCGGAAAUGACGACAGGUCGACUUGUUUUCCCCGACUGCGUCCCAACUUUAUCCAUGCUGCGGAUGACCUCCAUGCCCUCCACCACGUGACCAAACACAACGUGCUUGUUGUCCAGCCACUCUGUCUUGGCUGUGCAGAGAAAGAACUGAGAACUGUUUGUGUUGGGCCCAGAAUUGGCCAUCGACAGCACUCCUGCGCCGGUGUGCUUCAGACUGAAAUUCUCGUCAUCAAACUUUACUCCGUAAAUUGAUUUCCCCCCCGUUCCGUUCUGAUUGGUGAAGUCUCCUCCCUGGCACAUAAACUGUGGGAUGAUGCGGUGAAACGGUGAGCCCUUGUAGCCAAACCCCUUCUCCCCGGUGCAGAGAGCUCUGAAAUUCUCUGCUGUUCGCGGGACUACCUCUGAAAAAAGCUCGAUAACUACACGUCCGGCAGCCUCUGAGCCUAUCUUGAUAUCCAUGAACACUCUGGGACUCCGCUUGGGUCGUUUGGCAGCCGACUCCCCCUCCCCCUCUCCUCCAUCCUCCGUUGUCUCAGUGUCUUUUUUCCCUCCUUCGAGCGUUUCCCCCGCGUGUUCUUGCAGCCACGAGUCCUCAGACCAUACAGGCUUAGAGCUACCUUCCUUUAGCAUCUUGGGCCGAGCCACGUUCACGCGAAUGGUCCUUCCACACAGCUCCGAUUCGUUCAUGUUGUCGAUGGCAGCGGCCGCAUCUUCAACGAGCUCGAACUCCACGAAGGCAAACCCGCGGUGUUUGUUCGUGGUGUAGUCGAGAGGAACGGAGAUGUCCGUUAUUUCACCGAAAGGGAUGAAGGCGGCCUGCAGUAUUUUCUCCUCUACUUCCUCCGCUAACCCGCCGACGUAUACCACACGCUUGGUCG